AAAUGGGAAGAGGACAAAUGUAGAACAUUGUACAAAGAAAAUCCAUCUCUAAUCCUUGAGUGGACUACAAGCAUGGCGAUGCCCUCCCUUCUUUCACCCAGCGCUCUAAUCCAACGCCCUCACUCAUUCCGCUUCUCACAAUCAUCACUCUCCAAUGGAUUCUCCAUUUUUCCUAUCCGCUCAACGCUCCGAGUUUUCUGCUCUGCCAAUAAAAAACCCAGUUAUUUGGCGAGCAGAGUCAACAGACGAGAAAUUAUGCUAGGGAUUGGAUUCACCGCAUUUUCAUUGCAAGAAGUUGUUUCUAAUGCUCUAGCUGAGAGUGUUGUGGUUGCUGAGGAUUAUCGGACGUACACAGACGAAGCGAAUAAGUUCAGCUUGGUGAUUCCUCAAGAUUGGCAAGUGGGUAAUGGUGAACCGAAUGGAUUCAAGUCGGUUACGGCAUUUUUUCCUCAAGAAACUUCAACUUCCAAUGUCAGUGUUGUAAUCUCGGGGCUUGGUCCUGAUUUCACGAGGAUGGAAUCCUUUGGCAAGGUUGAGGAAUUUGCUGAUACAUUGGUGAGUGGACUGGACAGAAGCUGGAAAAGGCCACCAGGUGUGGCGGCAAAACUUAUCAACUGUAGAUCAUCGAAAGGGAUAUAUUACAUAGAGUAUACACUGCAGAAUCCAGGUGAAAGCCGCAGACAUUUAUACUCGGCAAUUGGGAUGACAUCCAAUGGCUGGUACAAUAGACUUUACACCAUAACAGGACAGUAUGCAGAUGAAGAAUCGGCGAACUAUAGCUCCAAAAUUGAGAAGGUUGUCAAUUCCUUCAGUUUCAUUUGAUGAUUGCCACAGAAUUGGCUUCCACUACACCAUUCAUUAUGGGUUAAAUAUUUUCCACUUCUCUCUCUCUCUCUCUAAUUAUUAUUAUUUCAUUACCAUUUCUAUUUAUUAUUAUUAAUAGUGUUGUUUCUAAUCUAAACCCAAUAUUAAUUUUUUAUUGAUGCAUCGAUAUUUUUACA